AUGAAUCUGACGGCUCCUCUGCUGCUGCUGCUUCUCACUGCUUGUAUAGCCAGCGGUGCUGUGCUGCCCAAGGCCUUAUGGCAGUUUGGGAAUCUGAUCCAGUGCGCCCAGCCCGGUGUUAACCCCCUGGCCUACAAUAAUUACGGCUGCUGGUGCGGCUUCAGCGGCAAGGGAACCCCUCGGGAUGAAGUAGACAUGUGCUGUAAGGUUCACGACACAUGCUACGCAACGAGCAGAAGGGUGCCCGGGUGCACGGCCAUCGCCGACCUGCCCUACGUUCUGGUUUAUGAUUUCACCUGCUCAAACCAACAAGUGGCCUGCUCAGCGACCAACGAUAAGUGCCAGGCUGCUGUGUGCGAGUGCGAUCGGGUGGCAGCUCACUGCUUCGCUCAGACCACGUACAACCCUGAAAACAAGAACCUGGAUUCCAAAGUCCACUGUGUCAACUGAGUUAACUUGUCACACAACCCCCCCGCCCCCCAAAAAAAAUACAAGAGAAUGUUUGAAUUUGUAAAAUCUUUUUUUCAAAUUUUUCAUUUCUCACUCAUUUAAAAAUAA